CAAACACUAUCGGGUGUCAAUAAACUGUCCGUAACGUGUUUUCUAUGAGGGUGACCCAAAGCUAAAUCAAUUACUAUAAGGAUGUACCUAACAUUAGUAUGCACCGGUUCUCCAGAUAGCCUAGUUUAGUCCCGAGCGCUCAUUGUUCGUGCGAAAGGCGUCGCGGCAUGUUGCUCGUCUCGUGUGUGUUGGUGCUGUGCGCCGGCUUGGCCGAUGCCAGGCCGAAUAUUGUUUAUUUUCUAGCCGAUGAUUUGGGUUGGAACGAUGUGGGUUUUCAUGGCUCAAACCAAAUACCGACGCCUAACAUCGACGCCCUUGCUUACUCGGGUAUCGUGUUACAGAACUUUUAUGUAGCACCUGUAUGUACGCCUUCUAGAUCUGCCUUGAUGACAGGGAAAUAUCCUAUACACACUGGUGAGUUUUUUAUGACUCUCUCCUGGACUGAUGAUCUUAUUCUUUAUUUAAGGUUUGACACUCACCUCGGCAUUUGGGCGGGAAAGAUCGAUAUGUAUGACCACACAAAUAUGGAGACCGGUUUCUGGGGUUUUGAUUUUAGAAGAGGAUACGAGGUGGCCGAUGACCUAUUUGGACAAUACGUAACAGACAUUUACACGAAAGAAGCCGUGAAGUUAAUAACCCGUCAUAACAAAAGUGAGCCAUUAUUUUUGAUGGUGUCCCACUCUGCCAUGCAUAGCGGAAACCCAUCCGAGUUCAUAAGGGCGCCGGACGCUGUCAUCGAUAAAUUCAAAUACAUUAAUGAUACGCAAAGGAGAAAAUAUGCAGGUGUCCUUACAAAAUUGGACGAGUCAAUUGGUAAAGUAGUGGAGUCGCUGCAGAAGCAAGGGUUACUCAAUAACACGAUCAUCAUAUUCAGCACAGACAACGGCGGGCCGGCUGCGGGGUUUAACGACAACGCUGCUUCGAACUACCCUUUGAAAGGGGUUAAAAAUACGGCAUGGGAAGGAGGGAUUCGCGGUGCAGCAUUGUUGUGGAGUCCCUUGUUAAAAAUGCCUUCAAGAGUGGCAACACAGAAGUUACAUAUAGUGGAUUGGCUGCCAACAUUGUACAGGGCCGCGGGAGGCGAUACCAGUGUAUUUGAAAAUAUCGACGGCAUAGAUACGUGGGAAGCCCUGUCUGAAGAUUUACCUUCACGCAGAACAGAUUUAGUUCACAACAUCGAUGAUCAGUUGGGAUACGGAUCUAUUACUGUUGGAGAAUGGAAAGUGCAUAAAGGAACAACAUACAAAGGAAAUUGGGAUAAGUGGUAUGGACCAUCCGGGCGUGUGGGCAAAUACGAUAUAGAAUUAGUGUACAACAGCUAUUCUGGUAACGCAAUUAGAAAGAUCGGUAGAAUGCCUAGCAAAAACAUAACUUUGGACAUCAGAGAAGCAGCAACAAUUAAAUGUGAUGAUAGUAUUCCAAUCACUGCGUGCAAGCCGCUGGUGGCACCGUGUCUCUACAAUGUAGAUACUGAUCCCUGCGAGCGAAACAACUUAGCCAACGAAAAACCAGACAUUCUUCAGAUGAUGCUGUCAGAGCUGGAGAAAGUGAAUCAAACAGCUUUACCACCGAAUAGCAAGGAGCCAGACCCACUCGCGAACCCUAAGUAUUGGGGACGGGUGUUCACUAACUUUGGUGACUAUGAGCAUUUAAAUGAAAAAUAAUUGUAUUUUAAGAAGACUAGGCCAGUGCAUAUUAGAACAUUAUCUAGGACGUAGAGUCGUAAAGGAUAAAUUAUAGGUAAAUAAGUAAGAUUAUUAUAAGAUGACAUUUUAGUUUGUUAUAAUGUAAAUAAAUAAAUGAUAUUGUUAUUACAAGUAA